UGUCAUCGGGACGCGCCGGCAGAGCCCAAAGCUGUGGGAAGGCGGAGAGGGGGCCGCUUGGCUCUUCUCCAGAGAAAGCUCGAACUCACUUCGGUGGGUUUUCGGAUUUAUUUGUCCUGAGAUAUCUUCCGUCACCACUUCUGCACCAUGGAAGAAACCCCAGAGCGCCAGGCUGAGAAGCCCAGCAACGCCACUCCUUACUAUUGUAACAUCUGCAAAAUCUAUUGUGCAUCGCCUGUAAACCUACAGACUCAUUUCCUUGGGUCCAAGCAUAAGAUGGUUGAAAAAGCUCUCAAAUCCCAUGGCAUUGUUAAGCCUCUAAGCGGUACUACAGAGACAGUUAGAACACCAGAACCCCUUCCAAAUUAUGUUGACACUGAACCUAAAAAGCCUUCUGAAAAAACCUUGGAAGAGCAACUUAAUUCCUGUAAGGAUGAAGAACCUGCUAUUGGUCUCCAAUAUAUAACUGAAUACCAGUCAAAAGAAAAUCUGGUGUAUGAAUGUAAUCUGUGCAGCUGUCAAACAGGAUUAACCAAUAUGUUCAUGCAUGUUUUGGGUGUUAAACACAAGCUUGCAUAUUUGAAAAAGCACCGCCCUGAACUGGCAGAUGUUACAGGACGAGGUUCCAACUUAAAGAAAAAACUUAAAGAGAUUGCUGCCAAAGUUGAACAAGAAGAAGGAAGAAAACACAUAAUGGUUUCCAUGGAUGUUCCAAUUAUGAAAGAAGACAAAUAUUCACUUCAGCUUUCAGAUUCUCUUGUCACUUGGUUUGCUGAAGAUGAUGUAGACAUAGGAAAUAAGAAGGAUAAUGCUAAGAGUUCCGAGGAAGGUACCCAGAAGACUGGAGAUAUCAAUAAUUCAACAAAGUGUGAUGGCAGCAGCAAAACAGAAGAUGAAGAGCAACAGGACAAGAAUAAAAAAGAAUUAAUUGGUUUAGAUUCAGAAGAAUUUUCUAACAAUGAAGAAGUUAUAAAAUAUCUGCAAAGCUUUGAAAUAGUGGAUGAAUAUGAUGCUUCAUUUAUCUUGAAGGUUACCCAGAUACUUACUAAUUCAUUGGUGGUGUAUCGUCAGAAGGUUUCAGAAAGAAAAAACUUUUCUGAAUCAAAUCCAGAAGAAAAAGUUGACCAGUCAGAACUGUCACAGAUGACAUCUGGGACAAAUGAUGAACCUAACAUUGGUUUUUCUGAAAAGCAGUCUCCUGCUCAGCGCUCAUCUAAAAAUAUCGGAACAUUCAAUCCACAAAAUAAGCGAAAAGCAUCACCACUGAGUGUAAACGACAAAAGUAAACAUUUUAAGCAUGGGAGUUUUACAUCUGCAUUGGUAGAUGCACCCGAUGAACAGGCUUCUCUUGGUGAAAUGCAGUAUUCCCCCUUUUUUGCAUCAGACAGAAAUCCUUCAUUUCCAAAUAUGUCAGAAGCACCCAUUGGCUCUCUUCCUGGGUCGUCAGUAUCUGAGAGUCAUAUCAUUGCAGAAUUUCUCAGUAGUAUAAGAAAUAUGAAUGCUGAUGAAGUUGCUGCCACUUUCAACAAAACAACUGCAUCCAACCCAUCAUUCAGUGGAAUGGAUGUUCAAAAUGUGAUGAAGAUCCUAACUGAAAAUGGGACCCUGAAAUCCGAGAAGAUUGCCAGCACCACUUGAAGGAAGAUAAUUAGUUAUUUUGUGUUGUUUUAUACUGUGCUCAAAACUAUAUUUAAAAGUUUAGAUGAAUAUUUUUCUUUAUUCUCAUCUGAUUGUUUCUUCCCAUCACUUCCCCUUUAUAAACUAUGGAUGCUGAUGUCAUUUAUAGUGUAACAUAGUGUAGAUGUUACAAAAACAUUUAUGUUUUUGUUUUCUCUUUUUGCUUGUGUAUAUUUAAUUUUGGUUUUGAUUUUUUUUGUUAUUAAUAUUUAAAAUGGUGUUUAGUUACAUCAAAGAAGUUGCUCAAGUAUUUUAAUGCAUAAACCUUGGUUUUUUCAUGUUA